AUGAGCUCGCUUCAACGUCGUAUGGAAACACAGUCGACUCACGAGUUGGAGAGACCUUUGGCAUCCAUGACUAGACACAAUGGUGUGGUGACAUGCGUCAAAUUUUCACCUGACGGGCGGUUUCUAGCUUCUGCGUCUGACGACAAAAUCGUGCUCAUUUGGGAGAAAGAUGACGAUCAGAAUCGGCCCAAACAGUUCGGGGAAACCGAGGCAGAUUUGGAGCAUUGGACAGUGAGAAAAAGAUUGGUUGCUCACGACAACGAUGUCCAGGAUAUUAGCUGGUCUCCAGAUGGAGCACUUCUCAUCAGUGUUGGGUUGGAUCGGUCCAUCAUCAUUUGGAGUGGUACAACUUUUGAACGUAUCAAACGGUACGAUAUUCAUCAAUCGAUGGUCAAAGGAAUUGUGUUUGAUCCAGCUAACAAGUUUUUUGUUACUGCUUCUGACGAUCGAACAGUCCGCAUUUUUCGAUACUAUAGAAAGUUCAAUGAUGUUUCAUCCAGCAAUUACGAGUUCCAGAUGGAGCAAAUCAUCAUGGAUCCUUUCAAGAAAUCUCCUCUCACCUCUUAUUUCCGAAGAAUGUCUUGGUCCCCAGAUGGCCAACACAUUGCUGUUCCAAAUGCGACGAAUGGGCCAGUCACUUCUGUGGUCAUUAUCAACAGAGGUAAUUGGGCCACAGAUGUUUCUCUCAUUGGCCAUGAGGCUCCAUGUGAGGUGUGCUCGUUUUCUCCCAGAAUCUUUCGUCUUGACAAGUCUGCAAAGACGGAGAAACUUACAACCAUCCUCGCGUCUGGGGGUCAGGACAGAACUUUGGCGAUAUGGAGCACUGCUUUGACGAGGCCCUUAGUGGUGGCAGAAGACAUUGUACAGAAUUCCAUCACAGAUAUCUGCUGGUCUCCUGAUGGAGAAAGCCUUUUUUUGAGUGCUUUAGAUGGAUCUAUUACUUGUGUGGCUUUUGACAAAGGUGAAUUGGGUGAAGUGGUGAGCGAAGAUGUGAAUGAUUCACAGCUCGUUCGCUAUUGUGGUACAAGAGACUCGGCUAUCUUCCCCGAAAGUGCAGAACAGCUACUACUAGAAAGUAUCAUGGAUCUGACCGAAAGUGCUUCGUCGCAGAAAAUUCAUUCUACUCAGGGAGAGCCUUCGCAGAAGGUGAAUACUUCCAGCAUCACAAAAGAUGCGGCUAAACAAUCUUUGAACCAUGUAGAGGGAACAUCAGCCAAGCCAAAUGAUACGAGCGAAAAUUCAGCAACACUUUCGAAACAUGCUUCCAAUGAGAAGUCUUUUAAUUUGAUAGAGGCAAGACAAUCACCUAAGCCGACACUCUUAUCGCAAAAGGUUAAGAUAAUGAAAAAUGGAAAGAAGCGUGUGGCUCCUUUAUUGGUAUCACAGUUAUCGGGCUCGUCGAAGUCAAGUUCAAGUAUUCCUAGCUCGACCAAAGUGUCUAAGCAAUUUGAUAUUGCUUCGAAAAUGUCACAAACUUCAUAUUUCUUGCCGAGAUUAGGUCUACAGACCAGUGUACAUGGACUUCGACUGCGAGCAAUAAAGCAAGACGAUGAAGACAAGAACAGGGACCAAGAUAACGAUAAUGAAGACAUGGGUUUUGAUGAAUCCCACGCAUCUCGAAUGCAAGCAAUCUCAACUGCUAGCGUGAGAAGAAAAAUUCGAAAGUAUAAGAAGUUUCUUAUGGAACUGAGAUAUCCUACACCUUUCAAGAUGGUUUCUCUUCUUCCUGAAGUCCUUUAUAAAGACCAAGCUGUCAUGAACAACGAAUUGCAUAAAAUCAUACAUAUCAAGGAUAUGCAAGUGCUGACAAACUCAGAUUUAAUUAGUACUGCGGCACUUGAUUCCAUCAACGAAAACCUACUCUUCCGUGUGAUUGUUAACAGCAUAGAACACAUGGGUAAACCAUUUACUGAUCUUUUAGAACAUGAAGAACUGCACCAGAAUGGAAUGGAUUUGGAUGAGAAAAACGACUACGUUACUUCUAUUGUCGAGAUCCGUAAUGGCCUGGAAUGGGCCGAAGAUGACGAAUCCAUGAAUAUGGAUGUUACACAAAGGGUAGACUUUCAAGAUCCAACGCAAGUCAUUGUGACGAACGAUGAGAAGGCUUCUCGAAAGAGUUACAUAUUGUAUUUCCCUUUCAAGAUCCAGCAGGUUGUGCCGAUUAUUUUUGAAGGAAAGCUAGCAUUUUACGUUCUAGUUUCCUUCCAUGGCACUGUCCAGAUUAUUCGAGCUGAAUCUGGUAUUUACGUUACACCUUCUAUGGAAAUGGGAAGCAAUGUUGUUGUAGCAAAGCAAAACGGAGCUUAUUUGCUACUCUUGACAAGUUCAGGUCUAUUAUUCUCUUGGAAGUUUCCCAACUAUGGAAAGGGCCAAAGAAUGAUAGAAGCAGUUUUAAAAGGUGUUUCGGUUGCGCCAGCACUCAAUUGUGAAACUGCAUUACCAGAGACGCUGGAACACGUCGAAAAGAAAAACAUCCUGGUUCCACACGUUUCUGUGGAAAAUCUUAGAGCUCUAGAAGUGGAUGAGCGAACAGGAAUGCCUUAUAUUAUUCUCGAGAAUUCUAGUACAGUGUACUCUUAUUGUGCGAGUAUGAUGAUUUGGACAAAAGUGAUGGACUCUUGGCAUUACUUGUGCAUAAAUGAACAAAAAAAUAGCGGUGAUUUAUUCCCAAACACUGCGUCCGUGGUCAUGGAGAAACUGUUUAAUGACUUUCAAGAAAAAGUGCAAAAAGGAGCAAGAAGCAAAUACACGUUCAACGAAUCGAACCAAGAGCUUCAAGAAUCAAUGGCCUACCGGCUUCGGGAGUCUAUUGAAUUUAUCAAUGCGUGA